AUGGGUCACCGUGGCAACCCGCCGUCACUUCCGCCAGCUCGGCCACGAGCUGUUGACGUGGUACAGCAAACAAAUCGUCACGUCUUCGGUCAGGAGGAAGAAGGAUCUGAGCAGCGCCCGUUGACGGUCCAUCCUAGUCUGACUAGGCCCAAAGUGACCUGGAAUCGAGGGCAACAUUCAGUAGUUGGACAGCUGUCAAGAGAAGAAAGUUGGCAGCUUCAGUCUGGAAAGAAGGAUUUUCCCAGUGGCCCAUUAGAUUUAUAUCGAAAAAAAGCCUCUUUUAGUUGGAAGGAAUUGGCCUUGUUUUGGGACGGAGAAGAGAUUAUCAAAGUAAAGCACAAUGUCUUUAGAAUUCUCGAAAAUGAUCCACUUUUUGCUCGUCAACCUGGAGAAGAUAUAUCUGUUGAGAAAUAUCGUGAGCUGACUUUCCUUCGCUGUAAACGGCUGUUUGAAUAUGACUUCCUGACAUUGGCAGACAUUGUGCAAGAUCCUCUAAAUGGUCUUGCAGUUGUACAUUGUUUAGGAAUGUAUGACUGGUCACUACUUUCUGUCUACUCUCUAACUAAACUGAUGUUUGGAGGAACAGUUUUAAAUUCUGGAUCCAAUAGGCAUCAUCAGUUUGUGGAGAAGGUAAUCAAUAUGGAGAUCUUUGGAUGUUUUGCUUUGACUGAGCUGAGCCAUGGCAGCAAUGCUAGAGCUAUGAGAACAACAGCAAAGUAUGAUCCAGAAACAAAGGAAUUUAUCAUCAAUUCUCCUGACUUCGAAGCAGCUAAAUUCUGGAUUGGAAACAUGGGGAAAACUGCCACACAUGCUGUUGUAUUUGCACAACUCGAAACACCUAAUGGAGUCUGUCAAGGGCUUCAUUCUUUUAUUGUUCAAGUAGUUUUCGCAAGCAGACUCAGGCAGCAGUACCUGGCUGAGGGGUGUUCCUUCGCAGGAACCACCAAACAGCAGUCUCUGGCUGAGAUGCAGUGGUUUUGCGAGCAGGGGGAGCUAGCUGUCUCUGACUGA